AUGCCUCCUGCAGACGGACGAACUGUCCACCAACCUUUCUGCACACGCAGGGCGAUUCAUCGCAAUCCAGAGCUCUAUGCCAACCCGGACGAGUUUCAGCCCGAACGAUACCUAAAAUAUCGUCUGUCCGCAGCCGAGUACAUCAACAUCGCCGAUCCUUACCAGCGGGAUCAUUAUACCUACGGGGCUAGCCGGCGAAUCUGUCCCGGGGUGCACGUCGCCGAACGAUCCUUGUACAUUGAUAUUGCCCGGACCCUCUGGGGCUUAAGCAUUUGGAAAAACAUAGGGGCGGAUGGGAAGAUCAUCGAACCCACGACCUCGAUGAAUUCGCCCAUCAGCGACGUGUUGAACCGCCAUAUUCGUCAUCACCAUCCGGAGGUGGAGAUGAUGGACGGAGCAGGGCGGGCGCGGAAGCUCAUCGAGGGCAAUGGCACGAGAGUGCGUUCCGGGACGCAGAGCCCCCGAGCGGGUUUUCCGAGUUCCCGAGCGGAUUCCCCGAGCGCCCGGCUGGCGGCGGUGCCCUCACCCACUCCGCCCGUUUCCCCGCCCAGUCCGCUCCCGGAUGUCAUGGUUCAUGACUGGGAGCUGCCCCAUCUGGAUGGCUCCACUGGGAUGGACGCCUCCUGCCUGGAAGGCCUGCAGCGGUACCUCGACGAGUGCCCCGACCUGCAACCAAACAGUGCCCGGGCGAUCUCCGGUCCAACGAUCGCCUCGAUGCCAACUCCCAUGCUUGGGACUUUCGACCGGAUGAUUGACCCUUCACUGGGGGCAUCGGCGCCAGCUCAAGCAGCCGACUCCCACGUGGUGAACCACCAAUUGUCGGAGGAGAUAGACUUCCAGUCCAUUCUCGUGGGGAGCCCGGACAUGGCCGAUAUCAAUCCCAGCCUCCCCCCAUUCCAUCAUCUCUGCUCCAAAAACGGCAUCUCGAAUGAACAAUUUGAGCGAGUCCGACGCCUCUGGCCGAGACGCCGUAGAACUGGGCCCACCAUCCCGGCCCUUUUCUCCUGGGAUGAGAUCGUUCGACAUCCAGAAGACAAUAUUCUCUCAAGCCCGGCGCUGGAGACCCCGCCGGAUCCAGCAGAUUCCUUCUGGGGUCUAACUGAUGCGUGCCGGGAUCGCUUGGUGGAGGAUACUCGCGGCUACGGAGCGAUUUCCAGUCCGGAUCGUGGGGAUGGUGGAUCCAGCAGUGCCGGGUCGUCCAGCUGUGGCCCGUGGAAUGGCGAACUCCCCCCGACAGACAUCCUUGAUCUGUGUCUUGACCUCUACUUUUCACACUUUCAGGUCCAUUUGCCUUUUGUUCAUCCUGGAACCUUCAACGCCUCGCUCACUCCAAGUAUCUUUCUUUUUCCCAUGUGCCUCGUGGGCUUAAUUCUCCUCAACAAGACCACGGCGCGCGGUCUGAUCGCGACCCAUAUCCCAGGUCCCGGGGCGCCAUUGAACACUGUCGAGCCGA